AUGCUGGUAUCUUCGCUUUUCUGGGCUUGCGUCAUACCCGGCGUCCUCGGCGCGUCGUGGAUUGCGCCGGGCGCCGUCUGGUAUGAUACGGACGGGAACAAGAUCGAUGCCCACGGUGGCGGCGUCGUGAAACGCGGCGACACCUUCUACUGGGUUGGCCACGCCGUUGCUAAUCAAACGCCGAUACUAUACUCUUCCGCGGACCUCGUCAACUGGAAGAAUCUCGGGCAGCAAGCCAGCUCUGUAUCUGGCAUGUGGCGACCCAAGAUAGCGAAGCCGAACGGGUCAUUUUGGUUGUUUGGCCAGCAGGAUCGCUAUGUCCUCUCCUUAAAAUCGUCGGCGUUCAUCGGAGGGUACGGCCAAUCGGCCAAAGUCCAUAUACCACCUGAUGAUUACUCGUAUUCGGACACCGGAAUGUUCCACGAUGAAGCUACAGACACCUGGUUUCUCCUGACCAGCGCCGACCACAACAUCGUCCAAGUCAACCGGAUCAACAAGGACGGCGCGCUAGGCGACAAGGUUUCGGACCUGAGGGCCGGAGCGUACGAGGCCCCCGGUAUCGUCAAGGUCGAUGGCGUCUACUUCCUGAUCGUCUCGGGCAAGACCGGCUGGCGCGCAAAUCCGAACAAGGUCUUCUGGGCCACUUCGAUAAACGGGCCUUGGACCGGAGGGUCCGACAUCGCGCCAGAAGACCAGAAGACCUACGGGUCGCAGAACACGUUCGAGCUGACGGUCAAGGGCUCACAAAAGACUACGUACAUCUAUAUGGGCGACGCUUGGGACUCCAAAGGAGGUGACGGCUCAAACUACGUGUGGCUGCCUAUGAAUAUUGACGUCGGUUCGCGCUCGGUAACCCUCGAUUACCAUUCGAUGUGGAAAGUUGAUCCCAAUACCGGCGUGGUUUCUUACCCGACCACGCAGAAGCGCUACGAGGCCGAACACGCGGUCUUGUCGGGCAGAACAGUGGUGAGAGAUUGUAACACCUGCGCUAGCAAGCGCUCCGUACACGGAGUGGGCGACGCGAGCGAAGUAACCUUCCGUAAUGUCACCGGCACCGGAUCUCGCCAGUGGCUCUCGUUCCACUACCGAGUCAACAACCCGGAGGCGGGCGAGGCUCACAUAUUCGUGAAUGACGGGCCGGCUAUUAAUAUCUCGAGCCUCAACUCCCGCGCCGGGUAUCACGCGUCGACUCCGCUUCAGCUCACCUUGAAGGCCGGCGACGUCAAUACCAUCACCUUUGGAGCCACGGGAAGCGAGGAUUUCGAUGUCUCCGUAGAUGGUAUCGAGCUCUUUGAUGAAGAAUAG